AUGCUGAGCUAUCUCGCUGCUAAGGGCAUCACUGUUAGCCAACCCUCCAUUGCUGGCAUCGGUCUUGUGCUCGACAUCCGCUCUCGCAGCGCUCAGAAUGCGGUCAACAAGCUCCAACGGAAGCUUGAGUUCCUUGUGGAGUCUGGAGAGACGGCAGGACAGGUUCGGCAUGCCUCCUCGCCCCCUCCUCCUCACACUCAGCAGGAGAUGCAAGAGAUCGGGGCGUCCAACGACCCUGACGUGGACAAUCUUCGGAAGCAGCUAGGUCAGGCCAUGGUGGAGCUUGAGGCGUCGAGGGAGGACGAUGCGAUAGUGGUGGAGGAUGUGAUCGAGGACGGUCCUGCCCAUCGCAGCAACAAGUUCUCCGUGGGUGACCGCGUGCUGCAAGUCGACGGGACCCCAGUUGGGGUGAAUCUUGACUUGUGUGGGAAUCUUAUAAGAGGAGAGGAGGGCGCUAGUGUCAAGGUUUCGAUCAAGAAAGCAGAAAGCAGCGUGAUCGAAGACAUCGUUAUCGUGCGAGGGACGGUCUCAGCCGUCAGCGCACAGCAGAGUCGGAAAGGAGGGUUGUUCUCGUGGUAG